AUUAAAAUAAAUUUAAUUUGAUAAUCUCAAAAUUCUUUCGACCUUAGAACAAUCUCAAUCAAUCUGUUUUAUGUUUACUCUUCCUGGUUUUCGAUUUUGUUCUCGCUGGGAAACUUUUUUUUUUUUUCUCGUAAAGAAAAGAGGCAGAAAGUUUAUCCAUUUGCCGAGAAAACAAAAGAAAAUGCAGAUUCGAAUCAAGUGUAGCUGUGAAGAAGGAAGCUGUCCAGAUUGGGCAAUUAUCGAAGUGCAAGGCGUGGUAGAAGUUCAACCCUCCUUUCAGGAUCGUCUUCGAAACCUCGAAAUCGGUCAACUCUGCCGACCUUCUUCUCAGGAGAAUUAUGCUUUUACAAUUGGGUACCAUGAACUAACAGGGUCAAAAGUGGCCUUGAAGAAGCCAAUAUUGGUGUUAAAAAUAGUCCAAAGCAGUGACAAUCAAUCACCUGAAGCUGAUUUAAAGGUUGUUGGAAUCAUUCGGCAUCGAAUUUUGUUCAAAACCAGACCGAAGGCCCUAAUAUCCAAUUGUGCUUGGUCAUACCUCAAGGCCCCACCUUCCAAUCCCGCGAACCAUGCCAAAGAAAAGGGGUCUGGGAUGUGCCGCAGGCUAGGCCGGCCCAGCCCGGCGCUCUCAACAUGUUUGUAACCAUAACCAUUAGUGAAGGAAAGAGCUAGUGCCGCAGGUUCUUCUGUACAAACCCAGUAAGGGAUCAAUUUGCAUCUGCAAAUGGAAGAAUAUAAAACAAGUGAAUUUCAAUUCUUUAUUGUUUAGCUUAUUAUAAUGCUAUGCUAUUAUAACGCUCCUGUGCCUGUCACAGUUCAAUAAACUCCAAAGAGGCUAUAUUACAGUGGAUGUAAUAUUAAAUUUGGAAGUCCA